UAUUAUAGUGAUGGCUCGGUCAGUUGUUGAUUGCCUUUUGAACGGUGUAGUGCAUAUUAAAAUUUAGGACCUUAUUUAUACCUACUUCUCUAUAUUUAAUUGAACUAGUGUGAAAUAGGUAUCGAAAAUGACAAAUAGCAGCAAUAAUGGAGGACGAAUCAGCUGCACUGACUCAUUAAAUUCAUAUAAAAAUGAAUUUUACCACAUGAACCACAAGUACCGAGGUAAAGCCAUCAUUUUUAGUCAUGAUAGCUUCGAUAUCGAUAUCCCACCACGAGCCGGUACUCGAAAAGAUUGUGAUAACUUAGACGAAUGUUUAACAACGUUGGGAUUUGACGUCAAUAUAUUUCAUAAUUUAAAAUACACAAAUAUUAUGAAACAGAUUAAACAAACAGCUGAGGUGAAUCACUCCGAACACGAUUGUCUACUCGUCAUGGUUUUAAGCCACGGACAUUCGGGAUUGCUCUUUGCCAGAGAUACCCACUAUAGAGCAGAAAACCUGUGGAAUCCUUUUACUGAUACAAAAUGUCCCACGCUUGCUGGUAAACCAAAGUUAUUCAUGUUUCAAGCGUGCCAAGGUGAUGAAUAUGAUAACGGAAUUACACUACAAAGAAACAUCGAGACAGAUGGCUGGUACGAACCUCAUAAAAUUCCAAGUCAUCCUGAUUUUCUACUUGUGCUUUCUACUGUACCCGGAUAUUUCGCGUGGAGAAAUUCUGAUCGUGGAUCCUGGUUCAUUCAGGCACUUUAUGAAGAGUUAACCUACACAGCAGAAGAUCCUAUUGAUAUUUUGACUCUAUUAACUUUUGUAUGCCAAAAAGUUGCUUUAAAUUUUGAAUCUAACACAUCUGAGGACGUUAGUAAUUACAAAAAACAAGUUCCAUGUUUUUCGAGUAUGCUAACCCGUCGUCUAGUGUUAACAAAAAAACCAAAUGGUAAAUCAAGCAGGAGGGAUAGUUUUUUUGAUAGCUUUAACAAAUAUUUAAGUUCCUUUAAGUUAAAAUAGUCCCUUUAACUAUAAGGCAGGGUUAAUCUAUACCUACUUGUAACAAAUUAGCAAUAUGUAUCGUAGAUACAUACCUAAGUAUUACGUAAGUAAACACGAUAAGUUCAAGGUCGUUCAAUUCAACCAUUUCGACCUAAUGUAACAACAUGGCGACGGGCGCCGAAAUGACAAGAAUUUAUCAUUAGGUAUGUCUAUGUGAGGCGACUAGAAUACCUAGUCGACUAGCUAGAUAAGUAUAUUUAAACAUUUAGGAAAACGGACCACCAUUUAGGGAAACGUAAUGUUACCUACAUUACAGGUACAUAUACUUACCUACCUACAGAAAACAUGCGUCACUUUACCAUCGAUGUACGAAAUCAACUUUAUUUAAAAAAAGCAUAUUAUGACCCAAGAAACUGAAUUUGGGCGAGUUGUGUGACCCUACCAAGAAUUAUCUUUGGAAUUAAUUUCUCUUGACAUUGGUAUGUACCAACACAGACCUUACGGUGUAGUAAUGUAGCUAGGGACCUAGGUACUUAUUUAUUAGAUAAAUAUAAUGAUAUAGUUAGUACUUAUUUAAGUAUUUAUUAGUACGUAUAAUUAAAUAGGUAGGUAUUUUUGUGCCUACCUAAAUUGUUUUUUUAUUUUUGUAUGACAUUCUUAAUAAAGUGUAUUGGAAACUUAAACAACAUGUUGGUUUAUUUUUAACUGUCCUACCUAUGCAUUUAUUUACCUAUCCCCUAAAAGAAGAGAACAAAAUAUAAUUAUAAAUAACGUUAUAGGCACUUAGCAUAUAUUGCGAUUAAUUUUAAGACUAUAAUGUUAAUAAAAAGGUUGGUUUGGUAGUCAAGGAAAGAAAGACAGUAUUUAUACUUACACGCCGUGGUUUAUUCGUUGCCUACCUACAGAACUCAUCAGAGCAUAUCAAGCUAUACUUAACCAAUAAUACUUACAAUACUCAUCAGUCACAUAUUGGAUAGAUUUUCCAACUGAGUAGAUUUAACGUAAAUAAUAUUAUCCUCAAGUCUCUUGCCCCAAAACGCUGGCAACGCAUUAAUAACUACUUUUGAGC